GCAAACUUCCCCGAGUACUUGGAGCCAGGAAGGAAGCAUGAAGUGGCUUGUGCUCCUCGGGCUGGUGGCCUUCUCAGAGUGCAUAGUCAACUUGUUGUAGCAUCUUCUUUGUUUUCUUUGUCACAUGCUCGGUGAAAGAAUACCUCUAAGGAGAGUGAAGACCAUGAGAAAAACCCUCAGUGGAAAAAACAUCCUGAACAAUUUCCUGAAGGAACAUGCUUACAGACUGUCCCAGAUUUCUUCUCGUGCCUCAAAUCUAACAUUUCACCCCUUGAGAAACAUCAAGGAUAAGCUCUACGUGGGUAACAUAACCAUUGGAACACCCCCUCAAGAAUUCCAGGUUAUCUUUGACACAGGCUCAUCUGACUUGUGGGUGCCCUCCGUCUUUUGCACCAGCCCAAUCUGUUCUACACACGUUAUGUUCAGACAUUUUGAUUCUUCCACCUUCCGGCCUACCAAAAAGACCUUCAGCAUCAACUACGGUUCUGGAAGGAUGAAAGGAGUUGUUGUUCAUGACACAGUUCGGAUUGGGAACCUUGUAAGUACUGACCAGCCAUUCGGUCUAAGCAUGGCGGAACUCGGGUUUGAUGGUAUACCUUUUGAUGGCGUCAUGGGCUUGAACUACCCCAAACUAUCCUUCUCUGGAGCCAUCCCCAUCUUUGACAAGCUGAAGAAUGAAGGUGCCAUUUCUGAGCCUGUUUUUGCCUUCUACUUGAGCAAAGACAAGCAGGAGGGCAGUGUGGUGAUGUUUGGUGGGGUGGACCACCGCUACUACAAGGGAGAGCUCAACUGGAUACCUUUGAUCCAAGCAGGCGACUGGAGUGUACACAUGGACCGCAUCUCCAUGAAAAGAAAGGUUAUUGCUUGCUCUGGUGGCUGCGAGGCCGUUGUGGACACUGGGACAUCAGUGAUCGAAGGCCCACGAAGACUGGUCAAUAACAUACAGAAGCACAUCGGAGCCAUGCCACGGGGUUCCGAGCACUACGUUUCAUGUUCUGCGGUCAAUACCCUGCCCCCUAUUAUCUUCACCAUCAAUGGCAUCGACUACCCAGUGCCAGCUCAAGCCUACAUCCUCAAGGAUUCUAGAGGCCACUGCUAUACCACCUUUGAACAGAACAAAGUGAGUUCAUCUACAGAGACCUGGAUCCUGGGUGAUGUCUUCCUGAGGUGGUAUUUCUCGGUCUUUGAUCGAGGAAAUGACAGGAUUGGCCUGGCACGGGCAGUGUAAAUGCUUGGAGUGGUUCAGGAAUCAGUAAGGCCGCUCCUAACACACACUCACUCACACUUUGACCACUCCUUCCCAGGAUGCUAGUGAACUGUAUUUGGUGGUCUGCACACCCUAUUCUCAGGAAAGAAUAAAGGGUUUCACUCUUAA